GGGCUGCGCCGUCUCUUUGUUCCAAUCUCAAUAUCUACCCACCGUCCGCUCUGCCUCCUCGCAGUCUUUCUCGCCUCCCCUGUGUUCCUGUGCAGUUUUUAGACCGGGCUGGAUGAUUGCAAAGAUAGCAAUAUGGCUGUGAACCUCAGCAAAAACAGACUGGACCUCCUUACAGCCUACCAGGAUGUUAUCGACGAAAACUCGUCCACUGACUGGGCCCUGUACUCUUAUGAAGGGGACGGCAAUGACCUGACAUUGGCGUCAUGUGGAGGUGGGGGCCUGCCGGAGAUCACCGGCACCUUUGAUCACACGCGCAUCAUGUACGGAUUCUGCAGCCUGAAGGAGCCCAACUCUGCCCUGCCCCGCUACAUCCUCAUCAACUGGGUUGGUGAGGAUGUGCCCGACGCCAGGAAGUGUGCCUGUGCCAGUCACGUAGCAACCGUCGCCGAGUUCUUCCAGGGAGUGGACAUCAUCAUCAACGCCAGCAGCGUGGAGGACAUCGACCCGUCCGCCAUCGGCCAGCGCCUGACUAACGGCAUGGUUGCCGUGGCGAGCCCCGUCCUCAGCCGGCUGCGCAUGAAGGACGAGGAGCAGGCCGAGAACGUGGGCACCACCUACCAGAAGACGAACGCGGAGAUCGAGAUGAAGAAAAUCAACAGAGAGGAAUUCUGGGAACAGGCCAAGCGUGAGGAGGAGCUGCGGAAGGAGGCGGAGAGGAAGAAGGCCGCGGAGGAGCGGCAGCGUUUCGAGGAGGAGCGCAUGGAGCUGGAGCGCAAGGAGCAGGAGGAGCGGGAGAGGAGGUACCGAGAGAGGGAGCAGCAGAUCGAGGAGCACAGGAAGAAGCUACUGGAGGAAGAGGAGGCUUGGGAGAAGACCAGAAACCAGUCCCUGAUUACAGCGGAGAGCUCUGAAGAAGCUCUGGACAAAAGGGAGUCAGAGGUGGAGGAGGCGGCAGCCAUCAUUGCUCAGAGGACCGAUAACCCCAGGGAGUUCUUCAAGCAGAAGGAGAUGGGUGUGGCCACCAGUGUGGACAGCUCCCCCGUGUCCACCCACAGAACCGGCCGCUUGGACAGCCCCUUCUUCAAGCUGCAGCACAGUCCUCCUGAGCCCAGCCCGCCACACGUCCGGCUGCAGCCAGGUACACCUGAAAAUGAAGGGAGCUCAGUGCACAGCCCGAUGGCUGACACCUCUACACCCAUCCCCAAAAUCCUCACCACCCCCAUUCAGGAGGCGGACGAUAGCAUGAGCGGGAGGGACUCCCCGAGCACUCCCGUACAGGAGACGGCCCAAUCCAAGCCCACCCAGAGCGUGGCCCCCCAGGCCCGAGACCCCAGCCAAACGAAGGAGACGGACAGCCUGGUGGACCUAUGGGAGACGGCUGGCCCGCCCCCUGGCACCGCCCCCUCCCAGGCCGCACAGCUGGUCGAUCUCAUGGGCGACGCCCCGGAGCCCUGUGCCGGGGGCGCGGCCCCCCCCUUCCCCGAGCCCCUCCUCAGCUUUGACGAGAUGCCGGCGCCCCCCGCCUCGGCGGACAUGACCCUGAGCUACCAGCAUGCACUGCAGCACGCGGGCGGCUCCAGCAGCCAGGAGCUGGAGGACAGCCAGCUGCUCAUCACCAACGGGGAGAUGUUCCUGAAGGAGGGGACGCAGGCAAGUGAGGGCUACUUCAGCCAAUCACAGGAGGAGGAGUUCGCCCAAUCAGAAGACUGCUCUGCAAAAGUGAACCCGACACCAGUGUUGUACAACAAGCCACCAGAAAUCGACAUCACGUGCUGGGACACGGACCCCGUGGAGGACGAGGACUGAAGAUUCAGCGGGGGGGAUGAAGGGGGGGUAGAUCCGGCCCCUCCCGGCCCCUCUUCAGCAAACUAAUAACGUCAUAAUAAGUCUCGCAUUUAAAAAAAUAAUAAAAGAGAGGUUAGCCACUGAGAGGAAUGGAGUUAUUGUUAAAGAUGCAGACGGGUGAAAGAGCUCCUGAUGUUUGUUUUUUUUUUUUUGACUAUGCAGAUACAGUUUGAGUCCGAAGCCCUUCAUGGACAAUGUUCAGUUAUAAUGCUUCAUAGAGCAGACAGAAGCUUCCUGUACUGCCCUGCAUAGACAAUGUUCUGUUAUAAUGCUUCAUAGAGCAGACAGAAGCUUUCUGUACCACCCUUCAUAGACAAUGUUCAGUUAUAAUGCUUCAUAGAGCAGACAGAAGCUUCCUGUACUGCCCUGCAUAGACAAUGUUCUGUUAUAAUGCUUCAUAGGGCAGGCAGAAGCCUUCUGUACCACCCUUCAUAGACAAUGUCCUGUUAUAAUGCUUCAUAGAGCUGACAGAAGCUUCCUGUAUUGCCCUUCAUAGACAAUGUUCAGUUAUAAUGCUUCAUAGAGCAGACAGAAGCUUCCUGUACCACCCUUCAUAGACAAUGUUCAGUUAUAAUGCUUCAUAGAGCAGACAGAAGCUUCCUGUACCACCCUUCAUAGACAAUGUUCUGUUAUAAUGCUUCAUAGAGCAGACAGAAGCUUUCUGUACCACCCUUCAUA